AUGUUGCUCAUAUUUCUAUUUUUCGCCACCUUCCAAGUUUUCGCCAAGGAUGAUGAUUAUGGGACAUGCGAAGACUCUUCGCCAUGCGUAACUGCUACAAAUGCAACUAAAAAAUUUACUUGUCCAAAAUCGUACGGCAUGUGCCAAAAAUCCGUUGAUCCGAAAACUUGCAAGAAUUCAUUCAUUGAGACAUCAAUAUUCAACGGCAAAUUGACGUACCAAAAACGGGCGUGUUGCCUCACCGAAACUCAACAACUGAUUUUGUACAACGAAUAUAAACGACCGAUUGGCUAUUUUUCGGAUUGCACACUGUUAGAAACGAUUAAGUGCAAACCUUUCAAAAAACUUGAAAAUGUGUCUUUCUGCGAACACACUUUGGGCGAAAUCGAUUCGCAUCGUCUAAACGCCGUAUUUCAUUAUAUCCGUAAUACGGCGCCGGCGAAUGAGGCUGAUAUUCUGCCGAUUCAUGAGGAUUUCGUCAACAGCAAUCACGGCGAGAUGUACGUGAAUCCGGCGCUCAUCUCGAGACAGAUUAUCAGCUAUUUGACGCAAUUGAUUUAUGCGGGAAGACCCGAUACUAUAAUAAAACGACUUGGAACCGAAUUGGGUAACAUGGUCCUGUCGUACUACGAUGAAACGAACCAAGAUCCGACACUACGGUUUGUGAAGACGCCGCAUCUCGCAUUCAUGAUACCAUGCAAGCGAUCGGAUCAUUAUCGAGGACUCGGAAUGAUUUUUCAGCUUCAGAAGCGCGACAAAAAUAAACUUGAUGAGUAUACGGUGCUCGCUGAACGAGCAGGACUGUUUUUGACGGCUACAUCAAUUCGUGAUAAGAGACAGUGCGGUUGCUCAGCACAGCCGACGUGCUCCUGCCAGCAAUCCACUCCACAGCAGUACACCUGCGCUUGCCAGGAACAGGCUCCAACUUCUUCAUGCUCAUGCUCCCAGCAAACCUGGAUCCUUCAGACUUCAAGAAUCCGCAAGUUCACCAAUGCUCUAAUGGAGUUUAUUCUUGAUUUUCCAGAUAUCAAAAUGAAGCAUCAACAUCUUCAAAACGAAUAUCUGUAUUCCAAUUGUUUCGAUAUACUAGCGCAUUUGACAAAUUAUUACUUAUAA